UUUGUUGUCGUGUCAGAGCCUGGAGCUGCGGCAGUGACGGAGGGAGGCUUCGGAGGCCGGAGCUGCGGCAUUGAUUGCGAUCGGUAGUGAAGGUGGAAGCUACAGCGUUUGGUUUUGUCACCUUGACGAGCAGUUUUCGGGCGUGAGUAGACGCUGGCGUUGCACCGCUGAUAUUGAAACAGAAGCUGCAGCGAUCCUAUCCCGGACUGGGAGAUGGUGCAACCCUGAGGAGGACUUGGACCGGGACUGGGACUGGGAGUAAGGCCGGGGCCGGGCUGGAUGAGGUGAGAUUGCGGAAAACCUGGACCAUCUACUGACACCACAUUAAGGCCCUUGAGGGUUUCCACCACUGAUGCUUGCACUGAAUCCUGGGGAUCAAGCAGGAGCAUCACCAGAACAACGUGAGCAUCUUCUAUGAAGUUGCACCCACCUGCAUCCAAGUCUUGCUCUUGAGGAAUAAGUGCCAUUAGGCAUUGAUACAUCUCUGGCUUAGGUGAUGGCUAUCCGGUCUAUAGCCUUCCUGGCCCCAUAAGCAGCUCCAGAUAAAUAUUUGAAUGACAGAUAAUGGAACAACAAGCAGAUGAGCUGAUUGCUCCAGUGGCUAAUGAACAGGUGUCGAGCUGUGACCAUGAGAAAGUAAAUCUAUCAAUGAUUGAUGGUGUCAAAAGUGAUGAAGUUGUUAAUGGUGUCACGGGUGGGGAAACUGGUGCACUAAAUGGCACAUGUCUUAAGUCAGAGACAUAUUCAACAACCAAAACACUAAAAUUAAAAGAAGAUGGAAAUGCAGCACAUGAAGGUGGAUUUGCCGAGACACAACUGAGUGUAAAGGUUGAACAGUGCAUGAAUAACUUGACAGAUCCUGGUGGAAGUGGAGAACCAUGUGCUUUAAUGUCUUUCAACAGUGAUAUGGGAAUAGCAUCAGAAUGUAAGGAAGAAGUGAGUGACUGUGGAGAACUCAUUAGAACUAUCAAUAAUCAAACACUUAAUCCCAUAUCAGAGAAAUUGACACAGGCAGAGACUACAGAUUGGAGCAAAUGCAUAUCUCACCCUACUCACAAGAUUGAUUCAGCAAGUCCUUUUGAUACAAAGAUAACCAAGGAUCUGAUGUCCAGGAUGGAACAGGAAUCUUCUCAAGAUGCUUUACUGGAUGAGCUAGAAUCAGAAUAUAAUAAUUUUUCAACAGAUUCAUCAGUGCCUCCCAGUUUACCUAAUGGAAUUACAAAAGAAAGCAGCGCUGUGGUCAUAUUUAAUGAAUCAAUACAAAAUAAAUGUCUUCAACAAGAGAAGAAAAUAAAGAAACUGAUGGAAGAAAACAGAAAGCAUCAGGAAAUGAUUGUGGAGAUUUGUGCAGAAAAAGACAACUUGAGAGAUGAAUUGAAAAAGCGUUCUGAAACAGAAAAGCAACAUAUCAACACCAUAAAACUAAUGGAAGCCAAAGUUGAAACUCUAAUGGAGGAAAUAAAAACAGUGAAGGAAAGAUUGAUCUCACAGGAUGCUGCUGCCAAAAAUGCCAUUCAGCAAUUGCAAAGAAACCUGACUUCUCGGAUUGAACAAACCAACAAAAAAUGUGAAGAGGCUCGACAGGAAAAAGAAGCUAUGGUAAUGAAAUACGUUCGAGGAGAAAAAGAAGCACUUGAUCUUCGAAAAGAGAAAGAAGGGAUUGAAAAAAAAUUACGUGAUGCAAACCGAGAACUGGAAAAAUUGACAGUGAAGGCCAAACAGCUCACACAAGAGAAGACAAGAUUGCAACAGCUAUACGAGGCAAAGGAAGGAGAAGCCACAAAGCUCAACAGAGAUGUUGAAAAGCUAAAGGAAGACAUCAAUUCCAACAUCAUCAAAGUGAAGUGGGCCCAAAACAAGUUAAAAAGCGAAAUGGAUACACACAAGGAAACAAGAGAAAAAUUGAAGGAAACAACCAUCAAACUAACUCAGGCUAAAGAAGAAACAGAACAAAUCCGGAGGAACUGCCAAGACAUGAUCAAAACCUAUCAGGAAUCUGAAGAAAUUAGAUCCAAUGAGUUGGAUGCCAAACUGCGAGAGACCAAAGGAGAACUAGAAAAACGUUUGCAGGAAAAAUCUGAUGAAAUGGAGAUCCGCCUUGCUCAAAUAAAAGAACUUGAUGACCUGAAGAAAACUUUCAAGGAAGGGAUGGAUGAGUUGCAUACUUUGAGAACAAAGGUCCAAUGUCUUGAAGAUGAGCGACUGAGGACAGAAGAUGAACUAUCAAAGUAUAAAGAAAUAAUCAAUCGACAGAAAGCAGAAUGCCAGUCUUUGCAUGAGCAGGUGAAGUUGGUAAACCAGUUGCAAGAACAGCUUGAAGGAAAUGAACAAGAGAUUCAAUCACUGAAGGAAGAGGUUGACAACCUGAGUGCGCUCAUUACAGAUUUGCAAGAGGAUAUUGAAGGGAGCCGUAAAAAGGAAUCUGAGUUGCUUGUAUUCACAGAGAAACUGACAAGCAAAAAUGCACAACUUCAGUCUGAGAACAAUACACUGCAGAUGCAGCUUGACAAACUGAGUAUUCAUGAACGACAGCUGAGUGGGCAGCUUGAAGAGUUGGGACAGACCAAUGUUGAGCUGGUGGACAGAUUGCAGAAAGAACAGCAACUACGACAAGAGGAUGUGAAAACUCUGCAGAAUGAGGUAAUCACUGAACAGAAGGAAGUGAGUAGGCUGACUUUACAAGUGGAGGAGCUUAAAGAUGAGCUUGCCACACAGAAACGAAAAAAAGCAACUAACAUUAAGGACCUCACGAAACAGCUUCAGCAAGCACGCCGACGAUUGGAACAGAUGGAAAACGGAAACUGUGACAGCAAAGAGGCAAGCAGCAUGGGAAGUCGUUCAAGUUCAUCAGGUAAACAAAAAAGUUCUCUAGAUGCUCGAUGCAGUAAAGAAGAAAGGUCUCCAGAGAAUACUGGCUGUUCUGUGCAGGCAGAUAAUUUUCCAGAAGUGGACAAGGCUAUACUAAUAGAACGAAUUGUGCGCCUGCAGAAAGCUCAUGCACGUAAAAAUGAAAAAAUUGAGUUCAUGGAAGAUCAUAUCAAACAAUUGGUGGAGGAAAUACGAAAAAAAACAAGAAUCAUUCAGACUUAUGUUCUGAGGGAAGAAUCUGGUGCCUUGUCCUCAGAAGCAUCUGAUUUCAAUAAAGCCCAAUUGAGCAGACGUGGAGGAAUCAUGGCUUCACUUUACACUUCACAUCCAGCGGACAGUGGUCUAACGUUGGAGCUCUCUUUGGAAAUAAACAGGAAGUUGCAAGCUGUACUGGAAGACACAUUGUUAAAGAAUAUAACACUUAAGGAAAACUUGCAGACGCUGGGUACAGAAAUAGAACGUCUGAUCAAGUGCCAGCAUGAAUUGGAGCAGCAACUAAAGCACUGAAUUGGCACAGUUCUCAGUUUAAGCAACUCCAUUGUGAAUUCAAGGGAACAGGUGCUGGACAGGCAGAGAUCGUACAUCACUCAUGACUCAGACAAGUAUAUCUUAGCUGCCUUUGCAAGAGAUAAUGUUGCUUCUACCGACACGCAGGUUUGGAAUAUUCAUUAUGCUGCAUUGAACUGACUUUUGUGAAACAUUACUUUCUGAAGCAAGUUUUAUGUUAACACUCCAAGUUACCAAACUCGUAACUGUAAUCUGCUACAAAAAUAAUGAAUGAAGACUGCUACAAUCAGCUCAGAAUAGCGACUAGUGGAUGUUGAUCAUUCUUCUAUGCUCUUUGUUGUUCUUAAAAAAAAAGCAGUGAACGCCAUGUAUCCCUAGAUGAGAAUGUUUUAUCAUGAAGGUUUUGGGACUAUAGUGCAAUUAUACAAUGCAACUCUGGACAUUUUUAGCUGACAACCUGAGUUUUUACUUUAGUGUUCAUUUAAUUUCUAAAAUUUCUAAAUUCAAAUAGGGCUGAGGCAAAUAAAGUGCAUAUCCAUCCUAAUGUUUGCCAAAUUUUACUUCCUGACUUUAAUGCUGACAGUAAAGUAGAGCUUUUUAGGAAUUGAAUAAUUUAAUUUCUCUGAAUUUUACAUGUAGUAUGAAUGCAUUAUGUCUGGUAGGCCAAAUUACUGGAUUCUCAAUCCAACACCUAACUCAAAUCUAAUAAGGAGGUCAAGGUAUUUGGCUAUUGAUUGAGUUAUUUUUCAUGUAAGUGUAUGAUCUGUUGUUAUAGAGGAAUAUUAGCAAUGCUGAUAAUGAAAAAUAAUGUAGAUUUUUUGAGAUAUUGUAAGAAAGGUAAUUUCAGUUUGUUGAGGAGGAACUGAGGAUGGUAAACUGAGUUCUGUGAUUAAUAACUAAUUUGUCAGAUUACUUACAAAUAGUAUAUAUUUAUUACUGUGUCAACUUCAAAUCCCCCAAUUGGAGGAUAGCAUUCUGAUUUUGCCAUCGGAUGAGAUCUGACUUUUUUUUAAGAAUGCAAUUUCUUUUCCUCCUAGAAAAUCUGUUGGAAAUGCACUUUAAACUCAAAUUAUUGCCUUCCAAAUUGCACAGUUACAUGUCUGUUAUUACAGUGCAGACUUCUGUUUUCAAUAUUUCAACUUAUUUUCCCCAAUUCAUUCACUAUCUGUUGCAAAAGUGAUGUAGUUUAUUUUGGAAAUUCAUUUGUAAAAUUACGUUGUAGAUACAUUUCUGUAUAAAAAGGACAGUUUUUAAAGUUUUAAUCUAUUAUAUGUAUAUAUGGCAUAUUGGAUGAAUAAAUUACAUUUUGUGUCUUA